GGCUCCCGCCGGACCAGCAGAUCAAGUGGAGGUCCAAUUCCGGACUGUCCGAUGGCUCCGCGGCAAAUGUGGACUUGACCGGUGGCUACUACGACGCGGGCGACAACGUAAGUUCGGGUUCCCGAUGGCCUUCACGACGACGAUGCUCUCGUGGGGAGUCGUCGAGUUCGGCGGCCGCAUGGGCGGCGCCGCCGGGCCUGCGCGCCUCGCCGCCGCGCGCGCAGCCGUGCGGUGGGGCGCGGACUACCUGCUCAGGGCGGCGACGCAGAGCCCGGGCGCGCUGUACGUGGGCGUGGGCGACCCCGGCGCCGACCACCGGUGCUGGGAGCGCGCCGAGGACAUGGACACGCCGCGCAGCGUCUACGCCGUGUCCGCGGCCGCGCCCGGGUCCGACGUGGCCGGGGAGACCGCGGCGGCGCUCGCGGCAGCGGCCGGCGCGGCCUACGAGCAGCGGCUGAUCGCGGCGGCGGAGCGGGUCAUGGCGCUCGCCGUGAGGUACCAGGGCAAGUACAGCGACGCCCUCGGAGGAGCCGUGUGCCCCUACUACUGCUCCUAUUCGGGUUACAAUGAUGAACUGCUAUGGGGAGCUGCAUGGCUGUAUAAAGCAACCAACAAUGCCUCCUACCUCAGCUACCUGAGAUCUUUGGGAGCCAAUGACAUUACUGAUAUUUUCAGCUGGGACAACAAAUUUGCUGGUGCCCGUGUCCUCCUUUCCAGGAAAAGUUUAGUGGACAAGGAUAAGUCCUUUCAGCCAUUCAGAUAUCAAGCUGAGGAUUUUAUGUGCAGGGUUCUUCCCAGUUCCCCCUUUUCAACUACACAGUACACACCAGGUGGUUUGAUGUUCAAACAAAGUUCUGCAAAUCUCCAAUAUGUUACAUCCACAAGUUUCUUGCUCACUACUUAUGAGUAUAUGAUCUCCUCAAACCACACUUUCACUUGUGGGAACACCUUGGUUACACCGAAAACAUUGCGAGCCUUAGCCAAGAAACAGGUGGACUAUAUUCUUGGAGAAAACCCUCUGAAAAUGUCCUACAUGGUGGGCUAUGGCACACAUUUUCCACAGAGGAUACACCACAGAGGCUCUUCCUUGCCCUCCUUGGCUAGCCACCUAGGUCACAUUGGAUGCCAAGCUGGUUUCCAGUACUUCAUGUCCAGCAACCCAAAUCCUAACAUACUAACAGGCGCCGUCGUCGGUGGGCCCAAUCAAAACGACGCCUUUUCUGACGACCGGUCCGACUACAGCCGCUCCGAGCCGGCCACAUACAUCAAUGCUCCUCUUGUCGGCACUCUUGCUUACUUGGCUGGUAGCUAUGGUAGUAGUGUGUGAUAGUGUGUGAUAGUGUGUGAAGAGGAUGCUGUAAUGUUUGUACUCUUUGCAUGGAUGAUUAAUUCAUGCUUUUGUUGCUUAAUCUGCAGUAGUAGGCUUUUUUGUUUAGUGAGAUGUAAGUCACAUCUAAUGUUAAAGGAAAUGAAGUUUGUGGUUGAUGUUA